CUGGAGGCUUACGGCGUUCAGAACUUCAUCGAAAAAUGUAAGGAGAACGUCUUCCAAUACGAGCAGGAUUGGCGGCAGAUGACAGAACGCAUCGGAUUCUGGGUCAAUCUCGAUGAAGCCUAUAUCACGUUGUCGAACGAUUACAUUGAAAGCGUCUGGUGGGUCCUCCGACAAGCGUGGGAGAAAGAACUCCUGUAUCAGGGACAUAAGGUGCAACCGUAUUGCUAUCGGUGCGGCACAACCUUAGCGAGCCACGAAGUCGCACUCGGUUACCAAGAGGUCGCCGAUCCGUCUAUCUUUGUUCGCUUCCCGCUGAAAAACCGGGAGAAUACCUACCUACUCGUUUGGACGACGACCCCGUGGACGUUACCUUCUAACGUCGCUGUCGCUGUCGGUGAAGAUUACGAUUACGUUUCCGUUGAAGAAGAAAACGGACAGCACCUCAUUCUCGCAAAAGAGUGUAUACCCAGUUUAUUCGGAGAUGAAGCCCCGCAAAUCGUCGAAAAUUAUAAAGGCAGCGACCUCCAAGAAUGGGAAUACGAACCCUUGUUUGAUGGCGGACAGCAUCCCGAAAGAUCCCACUACAUCGUCACAGGUGAUUUUGUAACGACGACAGAGGGGAGUGGCUUAGUUCAUAUUGCUCCCGCUUUCGGACAGGAUGACUAUGACAUCGGGCAGAAAUACGGUCUGCCGCUCGUGCAAUUGGUGGGUCCCGACGGUAGAUUUGUCCCAGAAGUUAAAGACGCAUGGGCGGGUGAAUACGUCAAAGACGCCGAUCCGAAAAUCAUCGAAAACUUGGACGGACGUGGGCUGUUAUUUAAGGCAACCGAGUAUACGCACCAAUACCCGUUCUGUUGGCGGUGUGAUACCCCGUUGCUCUAUUAUGCCCGCGAAUCGUGGUUUAUCCGGACGACCGCCAUCCGAGAUCGGAUGCAUCAGCACAAUCAGCAAAUCAACUGGUAUCCCGAGCAUAUCAAAGACGGACGUUUCGGCAAUUGGUUGGAAAACAAUAUCGACUGGGGAUUGAGUCGUGAACGUUAUUGGGGCACCCCCUUGCCGAUCUGGGUAUGUGACGACUGCGGGCAUCAGCACUGUAUCGGCAGUAUCGCCGAAUUGCAGGAACUCGGUACCGAUGUGCCAGAUGAUAUUGAACUCCACCGUCCUUAUGUAGACGACGUUGCCCUCGCGUGCGAAAAAUGCGGUGGCACGAUGCAUCGCGUGCAAGAUGUCAUUGAUUGCUGGUUUGAUUCCGGUUGUGCGCACACGGCGCAGUGGCACUACCCUUUUGAGAACAAGGAGAUGCUGGAGCAGGCGUAUCCCGCCGAUUUCAUCUGCGAAGCCAUUGAUCAGACCCGUGGAUGGUUCUAUAGUCUCUUAGCAACCGGCACACUCCUCUAUGACAAACCCGCCUACAAAAACUGCCUCUGUCUUGAACUAAUUAUGGGACCCGACGGCCAAAAGAUGAGUAAGAGUCGAGGCAACACAGUGGAUCCGUGGACAAUUCUGAACGGACAAGGCGCAGAUGCGAUGCGCUGGUAUAUGUUCACCGCAACCACACCGUGGACACCACGCACUUUCAAACCAGAGGGCAUUGAUGAAGCGUUGAAGAAGUUCAUGGGAACUCUUCAGAACGUCUAUAGUUUCUUCGUCAUGUACGCCAACCUUGAGCAGAUCGAUGUCCUGCAAGAUGCACCCCCUAUUUCGGAACGCGCCACGGUAGACAGGUGGAUCUUGUCUCGCCUCCACACCGUCAUCGACAAGGUGCGCGACGAGAUGGAAAAUUAUCAUCUCACGAAUGCCCCGCGCGCGAUUGAGGCGUUUGUGGACGAUCUCAGCAACUGGUAUGUCCGCCGCUCCCGCGAUCGCUUCUGGGGCGCGGAAGCCGGACCCGACAAGCAUGCCGCCUACGCCACGCUUUAUGAGGUACUCGUAACCGUUGCGAAACUCGCUGCACCCUUCGUUCCAUUUUUGGCGGAUGGACUCUAUCGUAACUUGGUGUGUUCGCUGAAUACUGAGGCACCCCUAAGUGUUCACCUCGCUGAAUAUCCAGUUGCAGAUGCCGCACUCAAAGACGCGCAAUUAGAAGCAGAUAUGGAUUUCACACGCGAAGUCAUUAGCAUGGGGCACGCCGCGCGCAACCGUUCCGGCAUUAAGACACGCCAACCCUUGGCAGAAAUCACCCUCGGCGCGCUCUCCGACGUAGAGAAAGCGACCGUGAAUCGUUUGGCAGACCUCAUACACGAUGAGCUCAAUGUCAAAGCGAUCCUCUUCACAGAGGACUUGAACGCUUUCGCACAGGUGACACUCAAACCCAACUUCAAGGUAUUAGGACCCAAAUACGGUAAAGGUGUGCAAGCCAUCGCCAAAGCACUCGCCUCUGCAGACGCAGUCGCGUUGAAGGCGGAGUUGGAAGCCGCGGAAGUUUGCAAGUUGAAGCGUCGGGAGAGACAUACACCCUUGAGUCGUCCGAAGUUGAUGUGCAGACCCAGAAUCGGGAGGGUUUCUUUGUAG